AUAAUCGGCAGCAGCGAGAGAAGGAGAAGGAUACCAACAGCAUCUAUAGAGCAGACAAAGGACAUGGCAGACGCAGAGCUCGCAGCCAGGCUCACAGCUCAUGAACAUGCCUUUGAGGGCCUGCUCGAUCUGAUUCCGGCAAAGUUCUAUAAUCCAGAAGAUGCCGCGAAUCAGUGGAACAAGCGCAAACAGACAAAAGAGGAGCAAGUCAAGGCGAAGCGGGCCAAGCUCGAUCCAGCGCAGAACUCGCGGCAGGUGAAGCGGGUGGAAGAGGGUGCUGUGAGUAGUACAACAGAUGCGCCGGUCGCGCAGAGUAGAAAGGCGAAAGUAAAGCAACCGAAGGCGAAACAGACGGACAAGGCCAAGGCGACAAAGGCUGGGGGAAAUGGAAGCGCUGAUGCAAAGUCUGCAUCCAAGGUAAAAGCCAAAAGUGGAAAGGCGAUACCAAAAGAUCUUGCCGUACCGCCCAUGACGACUGCUCCAGGCGACGACGACAAGCCUUCAUCCAUUGAUGCAAGUCCGCUCCCCGAAUCGACAAGCACCGAGGCCGAUUUACCAAAUCAGCCGGAUCCAAAUCGCAAUAUUGCUGAUUUACGUGCCAAACUUGCUGCCAAGAUUGAAGCGUUACGGACACGUCGGAAAGCGCCAGGCACGGAAGUCGAAGGUGCGCCGAGAUCGCGCGAGGCAAUCUUGGAGGUCAGGAGGAAGAAGGAGGAGGCACGCGCCGCAAAGAAGAAGCUUGAGAAGCAAGCACGCAAGGAUGCUGCUUUGGAGAUGCCGCAAGAUGAAGAAGUCAAGAGCGAAAGUGAUAGCGCGAGCGAUGAAGAGGAUGACGACGAGGCACAUCCUACUGGAGGUGAUGCUGCGCUUUCGUAUGGAAAGCUGACUUUGCCAAGUGGCGAAUCAGUCACCUCGACAUUCGAGACACAAGGUGCGCGGAAACGGAAACAUCAAGAUCCCAAGUCGGCACUCGAAGCCGCGCUCAACAAGCGGAAACGCAUCUCAGGCCUCGAUGACGAAAAGAAGCAGGCCAUCAAGGACUCUGAUGCUUGGCACAAAGCGCUUCUACAAGCAGAUGGCGAGAAGCUCAAGGACGAUGUUGGUCUCUUGAAAAAGGCCGUCAAGCGGCAAGAGGCAACGAAGAAAAAGUCGGAAAAGGAAUGGAAGGCUCGGCUGAGUAGUAUUGCCAUGGCCAAGAAGAACAAGCAAAAGACUCGCGAGAAGAAUCUGAAAGAGCGUCGCGAGGCGAAAGGUCAAAAGGGCGGACACAAAAAGACCAAGCCAGUCGGGCACAAGGGCAAAGGCAAAGGUGCGCCCGGAAAGAAGAAGGGCUUUUGAUAUCAGGAUGCCUGAAGUAUUUAAA